AUGGGUAACUUCAAGUUAGCAUUGGUUGUUAUGAUGUUCAUCACUUUGCUGUAUGCACAAAAUGGUGGUGCAAUUUCAUGUGGACAAGUCACUCGUAGCCUAGUGCCAUGCAUGGGUUAUGUUCAGAAUGGCGGUGCUGUGUCACCAGGUUGUUGUUAUGGCAUUAGAGGGCUAAUUAACGGGGCUAGGACCACGGCUGACCGUCGGGCAACUUGUGCUUGCUUGAAGUCAGCUGCUACUUCUUUCAAAAGAAUCAAUGUAGGCUAUGCUGCUGCACUCCCCGGCAAAUGUGGGGUUAAUAUCCCUUACAAGAUGAGUGCUUCCACCAAUUGUGCUAGAAUUAGGUAA